AGAAAACGAAAAGAAAAAAGAAAAAUACAGUUCGCGCAACAUUUUUUUGAAUUCUUUCGAAUUCUACGAUUAUUGAUUCAUAAUAUCCAUUUGUAAUCGAACUUUUUGUUUGUUGCAUAAUUCUUCUUCUCAUUUUCUAAUCAGUACUCAAAAACCCUUUGGCAUCAAAAUUCCGCUAAUCCAUUCAACCUUUUAUGCCCUAAAUUCUGAGAUAAAGCUAAGAGGUAUAGCACUGACGGCGAUAGAAGCUGCGCAUUUGUUGCAGAUUCGCACGAUCUAAGUUAAGUAUUUAUUCGAGUUUUAAUCGCUUGAUACAAAGCAAACAUAGUUUAUUUUUUCUGGAUUCUGCUUAGUCAUUGGCAAUUUUCAUUCGCAACACCUGAGAUAGAGAGAGAGCGAAAUUGUUUCCGAAGCUGGGAAGGGAAUUUCGUAGACGCGCCUCAGUCAAUUUCUGAUCUGAAUGCUGCUCUUAUCUGUUUGUUGAUGUUUUUAGUGAAUGUAUGCCCUUGUUUUUACUAAAAAUCUGGUAUGCAGCUGAAAAUAGAUGGCAAUGUGUUGUAGAUACAGUUUUAGCACCUAAAAACAACAAACGCUAUCAGUUGUUAUGUGAGACACAAGUCAUCAUCGCUUAGUCUGUGCAACGCAUAUUGUGGCUAAGUUAACUGUUAAUGCAACUAUCAGCGCAGAUAAUUGGAUGUGUGAAAUCAGGUUUGGAAAUUUUGAUUUUAAUCAUAAAAAUGGCGAAAACAGCCUAGCAAAUUGGCACCAAAUGCUGUCAAAUUGUGUUUAAUAAGUAUAUUAUAGUGAUAUGGUUAUAUAAUUUUUAAUUCGAUGUAAUGAGUGUUUCUUUUAUUCUCUUCCUUUUGUAUCUUUGGGCCAGUUAGAUUCUCGGAUGCUCUUCUCUUAGCUUACUAAUUUCAAUCAUUCUUAAGGAGAACUGCAAUGUGAUAGUGUCAGCGCAUGUAAUUUCCAGUGUGCGGGUGAUAAACUGAGCAAGGCAUCAAGCUUUGAUAUUAUGGAACUCAUACAAAACUUUUAGUCGAUGUGUUUCUGUAACUGUAGAAACAUACGGAAUCUGAUUUAUGAAAACUGUAAAACCAACAUGAGAUAUCUAUGGUGACAGAACAUGAUACGAGCAUGUAUCUGCCACACCACUAAAUGAUCAUGUCAAGUUAGUUACUUAGUAAUGCUAUUAGUCUUAGUUGGUUUCCCACGUUUCUUAGUAGUGCAGAUUAGUUUCCCAUGUUUCAUUAUGGUCCAUUAUCUUAAGUAGAGUAGUGGUUAGUUAAUCAUUGCUGUAAGCCUCUGUGGCAUUGAAUCGGGCAACAAUAGAAAAACAUAUUUCCCUUUCCUUUAGUUUAUCAAGUUCCUUUUCUUUAGUGUAUCAAGUCUUCUUAAAUUUCCAUACGUUUAGUUAUUUUGUUGGAGUUAGAAUCCGCUCGAAGGAUUCAAGUUCGUAACAGAACAUAUGCAUAUUUAUUUACAAGAUACUGCUUUUUAGUUUGACAUUGUUUUGAGCUAGAAAAAUGCCUCACUAUAACCAUACUUUUCUUGUUCCCAGUUGAUGGAUGAAUACCAUAAGAACUCGCUAGUUGAACCUUCAAUGCAGCCAUUGCAUGCACCAACUGAAGCUUCGAAGCAGCCGUCUGCACUUGAAGGAUGUAGAUCUUCUGGGGUGGACAAGCCCAUAGGUUGCUUCCAUGCAGCAAUUCAGGAGUUAAUUGUCAUUGAUGAUAUCUUGUCAGCAUUGGUUGGGAUUGACGGACGUUAUAUCUCUAUCCGCAGAGUAGAAGGGAAGGAUGAUACUGUGUCCUUCCAAGUUGAUGCAUCUAUGGAUUUGGCACUUCAGGAAUCUGCAAAAAGAAUAUUUCCUUUAUGCGAGAGCUACAUACUUAUAAGUCAGUUUGUUGAGUCAAGGUCCCAGUUCAAGAGCGGUCUUGUCAAUCAUGCUUUUGCAGCAGCACUUCGGACAUUACUUCUUGAUUACCAAGCCAUGGUGGCACAACUUGAACAUCAGUUUCGUCUUGGAAAACUUUCAGUUCAAGGACUAUGGUUCUAUUGCCAGCCAAUGUUGGGGGCAAUGCCAGCUUUAACCAUAGUGAUUAAGAAGGCUUCAGCCAGUAAUUUUAUUGGCUCUGCUGUUCUUAACCUCCUACAAAGCCAGGCCAAGGCCAUGGCUGGUGAUCAUGUAGUGAGGUCUUUGCUGGAAAAGAUGUCACAAAGUGCAAGCCAAGCAUAUCUUGUAAUAUUAGAGAGGUGGGUAUAUGAGGGUGUAAUUGAUGACCCAUAUGGGGAAUUUUUUAUCGCUGAGAACAAGUCUCUUCAAAAGGAAAGUCUCACGCAAGAUUAUUACACGAAGUAUUGGCAACAACGCUACAGCUUGAAAGAUGAUAUCCCCAGUUUCCUUGCCAAUGCUGCUGAAACAAUUUUGACCACGGGAAAAUAUCUAAAUGUUAUGAGAGAAUGUGGGCACUGUAUUCAGGUGCCUGUAGCAGAAAACACAAAGUUGACAAUGGUUGGCUCUAAUCAUCGCUACCUUGAGUGCAUUAAAGCUGCUUAUGAUUUUGCUAGUGGUGAAUUAUUGAACCUCAUUAAAGACAAGUAUGACUUAAAGGGAAAGCUGAUGUCAAUCAAACAUUAUCUCCUUCUCGAUCAGGGUGAUUUUUUGGUCCACUUCAUGGAUAUUGCUCGGGAGGAACUCAUGAAAAAGCCAGAUGAAAUUUCAGUUGAAAAGCUGCAGUCUCUCCUGGACCUUGCAUUACGAUCCACGGCAGCUGUGGCAGAUCCAUAUCAUGAAGACUUGACAUGUUGUGUGGAAAAGACAACUUUAUUGAAAAGGUUGAUUGAACUUAAAGAUCUUCAGAUCAGCCAGACUAUUUCCGGCAAUGAUGAUCUCGAAGAGCCUUUGAGCAUUACAGGAUUGGAAACAUUUUCUUUGAGUUUCAAGGUUCAAUGGCCGUUAUCACUUGUGAUCUCAAAAAAGGCUUUGACCAAAUAUCAGCUAAUAUUUCGGUGUCUGUUUCACUGCAAGUAUGUGAAUCGGCAACUUGGUGCUGCAUGGCAGUUGCAUCAAGGUCUGCGAAGACUUGAUAAGCAAGGAAUAGCGAUUUCAGUGUCAUCUUUGCUAUGCCGGAAUAUGCUUAAGUUCAUCAACAGCCUUCUGCAUUAUCUGACAUUUGAGGUUCUCGAACCAAAUUGGCAUAUCAUGGACAAUAGACUUCAGACUGCAAAGAGUAUUGAUGAGGUUUUACAACAUCAUGAUUUUUUCCUUGACAAGUGUUUGAGAGAGUGCUUGCUUCUCUCACCUGUUCUUCUCAAGAAGCUAGAGACAAUGAAAUCGAUAUGCCUUCAGUAUGCAGCAGCAGCGCAAUGGCUGGUUACCUAUUCCAUCGAUGCUCCCAAGACCGACAGUCCCGAGCUGGAUAAAUACAAGAAGUUGAAACUAAGGACGCGUUCUCAGACUCAGAAAGUAACAGCUGAAAAUGCAACUGUCAUUGAAUCUAUCUUGAAGUUUGAGCGCAAAUUUUCUGCUGAGCUUCAGAGUCUAGGACCGAUAUUGAGCAGUAGUUCUCGUGCAGAGCCAUACUUGACUCAUCUCGCACAGUGGCUUCUUGGCGUGGGAAGCGACUAAGAUGCAGCCACAUCUGUCUAUGCCGGAACUUCCCUGCCGAGCCUCACCACACUGUCGCGAGAGGCUAUGGCUGGAUGACCUAUGGCUAGUCCGGCCAGUCCGAGCCACGGCUAGCUGAACCGUCCUCGUCAAUCGGGUACUAUAGGAGCAUUGUAAGAUAAACUGGUCUGAUAGCGCCGAAGAUGAGAGCACUUGGGAACCGACCGAGAGCAUACAAAGUCAUUUUUUCCGAAUGUUCGCCUUGAGGACAAGGCUGUUGCUAACUCGGGUGGAGUUGAUAUGCUGCUUGCAAUAGGGAUCACCCGCAAUGCGUCGUCGACGCCUGGCACAGCUGACGUCGAACCAAAAACGGCCACAGAGAAAGCGUGGCCUGCCAAAGAGAUAUGACGGUUGAGUUUAAAUUGUUUCCAUAGCUAGUCGGUUAUAAUUUUAUGUAUUUUAUUUCCUUUUGAGUCGAGCAUAAUUAUGGGCUCAUUUCCGAGUUUCUUUACGCUUCUUUCCCGGAUAGUAUUAGGAGUCGAACCGCUUAGUCCUGUAAAUACUUCUAAUUCAAUCAUUACGCAAUAAGAAAAACUAGAAUUGGUAUC